AUGGCUUGCUUUGCCCAGAUAAUCUACCCUUGCCGCGAGCGAAGCACCACCACAACCGCCCUCUCGAAAAGAAAAGAAAAGAAAAGAAAAGGAAAUAAAAUCACUGACAGUAACAGAAUGACAGACACUGACAGAGCAGAGAAGCAACAGAAGAAGAAACGAGAAGAAGCAGCCCGAGUUUCCCGAUGGGAAAAGUCAUGA